UGUCGCCGUUCGCUAAAAUGUCAUUCGCUCAUGUGAUAUGGACCCAGCUUGUAGCAUUUUCCAAAAGCAAUUAAUGCUCUCUUAACUUCCUUGAAAUCGUUGCAGCAACUGUGGAGCUGCUGGUGCGGAAAAUGCAGAAGGCUAGGGCUGCCAUACCCAGAAUACUGGACGGCCUUCCAAACGUUAACACCUCCAUGCAGAAGGGCGGCUCUCAGAUGUCUUCAAAAGCACAAAAGGCAAGGAAACUUCAAGCACAUCAAAUUGCCCAGGAAAAAAUAUAUAAAAGUUUCAACGAAAGGGAAAAAGAAUCGAAGGGAACUGCCACAAGAGACAACAAGAGGAAAAGGUUUGAGUCUUUCGACAGCUCGGAUGAGGAGCUCACUUCGACGGAACAGUUGCAUCAGAAAGACAUCAUGAUUGCGCAGCUGCGCAAGCGCCUGAAGGACGAAAAAGAUUACAGUAGGCGUCUGGGCCUCGCACUACUGGAGAAGAUCGAGGUUGCCCGCACAAAGCCUUCGGGGAGUAAACACCUCAUGAGUGCAGCUUCUCAAGCUUCCAACAUCAAUGUCGCACAGAUACCCUCGACGUCCCAUUCAGUUGCAGUUCCUGCUUUGGCUUCUCCACCUACCCCGCCAGUGGCCCCAGCCCCGUUCCCACCACUUGAUGCUGCACCAGUAGUAGCACCAGCACCAGCCCCGCUUUCCCCAGCAGCAGCUGCAGCCCCGUUCCCACCCCUUGAUGCUGCGUCAGUAGCAGUGCCAGCACCAGACCCACUAGCAGCCCCGGCCCUGCCACCGCUUGUUGCUGGGCCAGUAGCAGCCCCAGUACCAGCCCCAUUUGCACCAGAAGCUGCCCCAGCCCCAUUCCCACCACUUGCUGCUGCACCAAUCGAAGCCCCAGCUUUGGCUCGACCCCCCGCCCCAGCAGCGGCUCCUCUUCUCCCUCAUCUUCAGGAGGUUGAAAAUCUAGGACAUCAGCCAGACAUGAACGCUGGAGUUCGGGCCCCACGCAAUCUGCCACCGUUGUACGAAGUCUUCCAGGGGAAUAUCCACCUCGGAGACGAGGUUUACAUAGCGGAGCAAAAGAUGAGGCACCUCAUGAAGCUGCCUUCGGACCGGCGCUUCACGAAAGAUGUGAUGCGGUGCCUUUGGACGGCUGAGCAGCUGCAAGAACGCAGUGUCACGGGGCAGGUCAGCCGCCGGCUGGUGAGGAGUGGAGGGGUGGCCAAGCAAGCCCUCACACCGAGGAAGGUGGCAGCAGUGAAAAAUGCCUUGCAGUACUACAUCAUGCACCACCGAAACCCCGACACCCCGGAGGAGGCAGAUGACGUCAGCAACCGCCUGGCAUGUCUAAACAAUAUUAUGACAAAUUUUUUAUCUGAUCUGGGCCGCCCCAGCAGGCGUGUCACUCUGUAAAGUGUU